AGUAACUACACUGCAACAGACUGGAACAGUUACAGUAACUACACUGGAACAGUUACAGUAACUACAAUGGAACAGACUGGAACAGUUACAAUAACUACACUGGAACAGACUGGAACAGUUACAAUAACUACACUGGAACAGACUGGAACAGUUACAAUAACUAAACUGGAACAGACUGGAACAGUUACAAUAACUACACUGGAACAGUUACAGUAACUACACUGGAACAGACUGGAACAGUUACAGUAACUACACUGGAACAGACUGGAACAGUUACAGUAACUAAACUGGAACAGACUGGAACAGUUACAAUAACUAAACUGGAACAGACUGGAACAGUUACAAUAACUAAACUGGAACAGACUGGAACAGUUACAAUAACUAAACUGGAACAGACUGGAACAGUUACAGUAACUACACUGGAACAGACUGGAACAGUUACAGUAACUACACUGCAACAGACUGGAACAGUUACAGUAACUACACUGGAACAGUUACAGUAACUACACUGGAACAGACUGGAACAGUUACAGUAACUACACCGGAACAGACUGGAACAGUUACGGUAACUACACUGGAACAGUUACAGUAACUACACUGGAACAGACUGAAACAGUUACAAUAACUAAACUGGAACAGACUGGAACAGUUACAAUAACUACACUGGAACAGUUACAGUAACUACACUGGAACAGACUGGAACAGUUACAGUAACUACACUGGAACAGACUGGAACAGUUACAGUAACUAAACUGGAACAGACUGGAACAGUUACAAUAACUAUACUGGAACAGACUGGAACAGUUACAAUAACUAAACUGGAACAGACUGGAACAGUUACAGUAACUACACUGGAACAGACUGGAACAGUUACAGUAACUACACUGGAACAGACUGGAACAGUUACAGUAACUACACUGGAACAGUUACAGUAACUACAAUGGAACAGACUGGAACAGUUACAAUAACUACACUGGAACAGACUGGAACAGUUACAAUAACUACACUGGAACAGACUGGAACAGUUACAAUAACUAAACUGGAACAGACUGGAACAGUUACAAUAACUACACUGGAACAGACUGGAACAGUUACGGUAACUACACUGGAACAGAAUGGAACAGUUACAGUAACUACACUGGAACAGACUGGAACAGUUACAGUAACUACACUGGAACAGACUGGAACAGUUACGGUAACUACACUGGAACAGACUGGAACAGUUACGGUAACUACACUGGAACAGUUACAGUAACUACACUGGAACAGACUGAAACAGUUACAAUAACUAAACUGGAACAGACUGGAACAGUUACAAUAACUACACUGGAACAGUUACAGUAACUACACUGGAACAGACUGCAACAGUUACAGUAACUACACUGGAACAGACUGGAACAGUUACAGUAACUAAACUGGAACAGACUGGAACAGUUACAAUAACUAAACUGGAACAGACUGGAACAGUUACAAUAACUAAACUGGAACAGACUGGAACAGUUACAGUAACUACACUGGAACAGACUGGAACAGUUACAGUAACUACACUGCAACAGACUGGAACAGUUACAGUAACUACACUGGAACAGUUACAGUAACUACACUGGAACAGACUGGAACAGUUACAGUAACUACACCGGAACAGACUGGAACAGUUACGGUAACUACACUGGAACAGUUACAGUAACUACACUGGAACAGACUGAAACAGUUACAAUAACUAAACUGGAACAGACUGGAACAGUUACAAUAACUACACUGGAACAGUUACAGUAACUACACUGGAACAGACUGGAACAGUUACAGUAACUACACUGGAACAGACUGGAACAGUUACAGUAACUAAACUGGAACAGACUGGAACAGUUACAAUAACUAUACUGGAACAGACUGGAACAGUUACAAUAACUAAACUGGAACAGACUGGAACAGUUACAGUAACUACACUGGAACAGACUGGAACAGUUACAGUAACUACACUGGAACAGACUGGAACAGUUACAGUAACUACACUGGAACAGUUACAGUAACUACACUGGAACAGACUGGAACAGUUACAGUAACUACACCGGAACAGACUGGAACAGUUACGGUAACUACACUGCAACAGACUGGAACAGUUACAGUAACUACACUGGAACAGUUACAGUAACUACACUGGAACAGACUGGAACAGUUACUAAGUACAAGCAGCCAGACACUGAGUGCCAAGAAGCUAAAAAGCACCGAUUUCACAUCAACAUUUGUUUCUGCAUGAGUUUUAGAUGUAUUUAUGUACUGUUUUAUUUAGAUGGAAUGUCGUGUAUUGAUUGGUUUGUGUUGUUUUGAGUUUGGGGGUGAGUGUCUGUUUAGAAGAGAAACAUCUGAGGUGGAUAUUGAUAUGUGUACAUACAACACUGUUAGCGUUAACAACUUGAAUUUGAUUUGGAAUCAGGGGUAGCUGGAGGAAGGGAGAGGGUGGGGGAUGUAGAUAAAGCUUUCAGUUCGCAUUUCCUAUGUCUGAGAGAGAUUAAGUGUGCAAAUGCGGGUAAUCGAUACAGAAUUAAGGCACGAAAGUUAAUAUUUUCUUUUUUCUGUACAGAUGUAAAUAAUUUCACUAUUAUUAAACAAGUGCCUUUAAUAAUAAACAAUGGAAAACUAUUAUGUUCGCUUAAUUAAUGUAAGGGAGCCUUCCCUUUAGUAGGAGGCUGUGGUCAGAUUGGCAAAGUGGCGAGUGGGUACACCUGAGACGGUCGCUUUCCACGGUCAUGUGGUGCUGUGCUGAACUUCAGAGUUCUGUCGCUGUCUGCUUCUGUGGUGCUGAAUCUCUGAUCGCCGCUAUUACAGCUUGUUUGUUUAGCCUACUUCGGACCUUUUCAAUCAUGUGACAAAAUCGACACAUGCUGCUGUUUUGUGUUAUGACAUGCAGUGAUACUAUAUGGAGCCUGCUGCUGUGUCUAUGGGCUGAUUCUUAGUAUGGCAUUGGUUGUGGUUUCACCGUGUGACCAGCAGGUGGCAACAUCACUACAUAGUCACAAAAGCCAUCUGUGUACAAUACAAUAUCUUACAAAAUCAGAUGAUGACGAGUAACCUUGUCUGAGACUUGACGACUUGAGCUGAGUGGUGGGCAGACAACCCGGCUAGUGUGCCCCUUGGCUAGUCCUGGGGAUUCAUAUGAAGACCAAAGAUCCACCAGCACGGUAUUAUUGCUAUAAUUCAAUGAUAUUAGAUAUAUGCUAUAAUUUCCAAUAUGCGUGCGUGCGUGUGUUUGUGUGUGGAGAGGGUGUGGUGGCUGGGUAAUAAUUCCCCCGCCUCCCACGCUGCGACCCCUCUCGGUCAUUCCCGGUACUGCGCCUCUCCUAUCUGCGUCACGUGACAUCAGUAGGCGCUGUAAAACAGCGCGAGUCUCAUCAUCAGCACCGCAUCGCCAGGCAAGCAGCCUCGAGACCCACCGACCAACGGACCCUCGGUGGUCCCUCAUCACAAAUACUAUAAUAACGGAGAGGAGGUAGACUCCUCACGAGACCAUGUCAGGGCCCCGGUGAACAGACAAACAGAUUUAUUCUCUUUGUUCGCGUCGACGCACCGCUCGCCGCCGAGGAGGGGCCGCAGAAUAGCGCUCUCUCUCUCUCUGGCGGAGGAGUGGGGGAAGAGGAGAGGAGAAAGCAACAGAGAGAACCGAGGUAUUUUUCUACCGGAUAACCUAAUGGCAGAGCGCGAGGCGUCGCCGUUACCACUGGAGGUUCGCGCCCGGCUGGCGGAGCUGGAGCUCGAGCUGUCAGAGGGUGACAUCACACAGAAGGGUUAUGAGAAGAAGCGGUCUAAGCUGAUCAGGGCCUACUUUCCUCAUCCUGGAGGUAUGGAGGGUAUGUCUCACCGCCCCCCCUUUGCCCCCCCAUCUGCCGCUCGCUUCCACAGACGGCGCUCUUCUGGAACACGUGAUGAACGCUACCGUUCAGACGUCCACAGUGAGGCGGUGCAGGCAGUGUUAGCCAGACAUGUGGAGAGCAACGUGGCAGUGCCUAUGCCCUCCAAACGACGAUCACUGGUGGUACAGACAUCCAUGGAUGCAUACACACCCCCAGGCCUGUCCCCACUGUGCUCAGACUCGUCGUCGGGCUCAGAGGAAGAGGCGGGGCCAGGCAAUGACAUGCCGGGAAUGGAACACUGGAUGACUCGCCCUGCCCACUUAGGUCCAGCCCACCUAGGCUCCACCUCCUCGUCGUCAUCGUCCACUCAGAGCGGAGGAAGUGGCAAUGCAGGACGACUGGCCGACUCGCUCGCACACACACACCUCUCUCACCCACACCUGGCACACGCCCACCUCACACACACACACCUGACCCAGUCACACCACGUGUCAGCUCACCACUCACAAACACACCACGGUAUAGGGCACCUGUCUCUGAAGCGUAAGGCAGCUCUGGGCAUGGCGGAGAACGGAGGCUCUCUCAGAAGAUCCUGUGAGUUCGGCUCUGAUAUGCUGUGGCCUCCACCGCUGGAGUCUGAUGAGAAUCACUCUGCUCCUCCUGAUGUGACUGGCUAUUCGUCUGACUCCUCCCACUCCCGCCCCCACUCAGAGCGCCACAUAGGAACCAUCGCCCGAAACACUCAGAAAUACGGCAAUGCUGAGCGCAUGGAGACUGGAGACGGUGUCCCGGUCAGCAGUCGUGUGUCUGCUAAGAUCCAGCAGUUAGUGAACACUCUGAAAAUGCCUCGUAGACCUCCGCUCAGAGAGUUCUUUGUUGAUGACUUUGAAGAACUUCUAGAAGUCCAGCAGCCAGAUCCUAAGCAGCCGCGUCCGGAGGGGGCAGAAAUGUUGGCAGUAAGCGGAGAAGCCCUGGGGGUGGUGACUAACUGGCCCCCCUCCCUGGAGGCAGCUCUCCAACGCUGGGGCACCAUCAGCCCUAAAGCGCCCUGUCUCACCAGCCUGGAUACCACUGGAAAACCUCUAUAUGUACUCACAUACGGGAAGCUGUGGUCUCGGAGUAUCAAGCUGGCCUAUAACAUCCUCCACAAGCUGGGCAGCAAGCAGGAGCCCAUGUUGCGACCGGGGGACAGAGUGGCGCUGGUGUUUCCUAACAAUGACCCGGUGGCCUUCAUGGUGGCCUUCUACGGCUGCCUGCUGGCUGAGGUGGUCCCUGUACCCAUAGAGGUGCCUCUCACACGCAAGGACGCUGGCAGCCAGCAGAUCGGGUUCCUAUUGGGAAGCUGUGGGGUUACCGUGGCGCUGACCAGUGAUGCCUGCCAUAAAGGCUUGCCCAAGAGCGCUACAGGAGAGAUACCACAGUUCAGAGGGUGGCCUAAGCUGCUGUGGUUCGUGACUGAGUCGAAGCAUCUCUCCAAACCUCCUAGAGAUUGGUUCCCUCACAUCAAAGAUGCAAACAGCGACACAGCCUAUAUAGAGUAUAAAACGUGUAAGGAUGGGAGUGUCCUGGGCGUGACGGUGAUGAGGAUCGCUCUGCUGACUCACUGCCAAUCCCUCACACAGUCGUGUGGCUACACAGAAGCGGAGACCAUAGUGAAUGUUCUAGACUUUAAGAAGGAUGUGGGACUGUGGCACGGCAUCCUCACGAGUGUGAUGAACAUGAUGCAUGUGAUCAGCGUUCCCUACUCUCUGAUGAAGGUCAACCCGUUGUCCUGGAUACAGAAGGUCUACCACUUCAAAGCCAAGGUAGCGUGUGUAAAGUCCAGGGACAUGCACUGGGCUCUGGUGGCCCACAGAGAGCAGAAGGACAUCAGCCUGAGUUCCCUCCGUAUGCUGCUGGUCGCCGACGGAUCUAACCCCUGGUCUAUCUCGUCCUGCGAUGCGUUCCUCAACGUGUUCCAGAGUAAAGGCUUGAGGUCAGAGGUCAUCUGUCCCUGUGCCAGCUCCCCUGAAGCCCUGACCGUUGCCAUCAGGAGGCCGGUGGAGGACAGUAGCCAGCCCCCAGGCCGAGGGGUUCUCUCCAUGCAGGGUCUGAGUUACAGUGUGGUCCGCGUCGACACCGAGGAGCGAUUGUCAGUCCUCACUGUGCAGGAUGUGGGCACUGUUAUGCCUGGAGCCGUAGUGUGUGUGGUGAAGCCAGAGGGUGUGCCUCUCCUGUGUAAGACAGAUGAGAUCGGGGAGCUGUGUGUGUGUUCUGUCGCCACGGGAACCUCUUACUAUGGAUUGACAGGCAUGACCAAGAACACCUUUGAGGUGUUCCCUGUAGCCUCAGGUGGAGGUCUGGUCAGUGAGUAUGCGUUUGUGCGUACGGGGCUGCUGGGCUUUGUGGGUCCAGGCGGUCUGGUGUUUAUCUCCGGAAAGAUGGACGGCCUCAUCAUGGUCAGCGGGCGCAGGCAUAACGCUGAUGACAUCGUAGCCACCGCACUGGCCGUGGAGCCAAUGAAAUUCGUCUACAGGGGGAGGAUAGCAGUGUUCAGUGUGACCGUGCUGCGUGAUGAGCGUAUCGUGGUAGUAGCAGAGCAGAGACCAGACUCUACUGAGGAGGACAGCUUCCAGUGGAUGAGCCGCGUGCUGCAGGCGAUAGACAGUAUCCAUGGUGUGGGUGUGUUCUGCCUGGGGUUAGUUCCGGCCAACACCCUCCCUAAGACCCCCCUGGGGGGUAUACACCUGUCUGAGACCAAACAGCUGUACCUGGAGGGGGGGCUGCACCCCUGUAACGUCCUCAUGUGUCCUCACACCUGUGUUACCAACCUGCCCAAACCACGACAGAAACAACCAGAGAUUGGUCCUGCCUCUGUGAUGGUGGGGAAUCUGGUGUCUGGGAAGAGGAUCGCUAUGGCCAGCGGCAGAGACCUGGGACAGACUGAUGACAACGACCAGUUCCUGUUCCUGUCAGAGGUGCUGCAAUGGAGAUCUCAGACGACGCCUGACCACAUCCUCUAUACACUGCUCAGCUCCCGGGGGCUGGUGUCUAGUUCUCUGACCUGUCUUCAGCUCCAUAAGAGGGCAGAGAGAGUUGCUGCUCUGCUGCUGGAGAGAGGAGGACUACAGGAGGGAGACCACAUAGCACUGGUCUACCCACCAGGUAUAGACUUGAUCGCAGCGUUCUACGGUUGCCUUUACGCUGGCUGUGUUCCUAUCACAGUCAGACCGCCCCACCCACAGAACAUCUCAACCACACUGCCCACAGUCAAGAUGAUCGUAGAGGUCAGUCGUUCGGCCUGUGUGAUGACCACGGCGGUCAUCUGUAAGCUGCUGCGGUCGAAGGAGGCGGUCGCCACAGUGGACAUCAGGAACUGGCCUCCCGUCCUGGACACAGAUGACCUGCCAAAGAAGAAGCCUCCAGCGCUAUAUAAGCCCUGUAACCCUGAUGCCCUGGCCUACCUGGACUUCAGUGUGUCCACUACUGGCAUGCUGGCUGGAGUACAGAUGUCCCAUAAUGCAGUGGGAGCGUUCUGUCGAUCGGUGAAGCUGCAGUGUGAACUGUAUCCCUCCAGAGAGGUAGCCAUCUGUCUCGACCCCUACUGUGGCCUGGGCUUCGUCCUCUGGUGUCUCUGCAGUGUGUACAGUGGCCACCAGUCGAUCCUGAUCCCUCCAGUAGAGUUGGAGUCUAACCCAGCCCUGUGGCUGCUCGCUGUCAGCCAGCUCCGAGUCAGAGACACCUUCUGUUCCUACAGCGUCAUGGAGCUCUGCACUAAAGGACUGGGCCUGCAGACAGAGGCACUGAAGGCGCGGGGCCUGGACCUGUCCCGUGUGAGGGCGUGUGUUGUGGUAGCAGAGGAGAGACCCAGGAUGUCUCUAACACACUCCUUCUCCAAGCUGUUUAAAGACCUGGGCCUGCACCCCCGAUCUGUCAGCACAGCAUUCGGCUGUAGGGUCAACCUGGCUAUCUGUCUGCAGGGCACCUCUGGGCCGGAUCCCACUACAGUGUACGUGGACAUGAGAGCUCUGCGGCAUGAUAGGGUGCGGCUGGUGGAAAGAGGUUCUCCUCACAGUCUCCCUCUCAUGGAGUCAGGGAAGAUCUUACCUGGCGUCCGCAUCAUCAUCGCCAACCCAGAGACCAAGGGACCGCUGGGAGACUCCCACCUAGGAGAGAUCUGGGUGCACAGUGCCCAUAAUGGCAGUGGAUAUUACAGUGGUUAUGGAGAGGAGGUCCUCCAGUCUGAUCACUUCACCUCCAGACUCAGCUUCGGAGACACAUCCACCGUCUGGGCUCGCACCGGAUACCUGGGCUUCUUACGACGUACUGAACUCACCGAUGCCAGCGGAGAGAGACAUGAUGCUCUGUAUGUUGUGGGCGCGUUGGAGGAGGCCAUGGAGCUGAGGGGGAUGAGGUACCAUCCUAUAGACAUAGAGACUUCCGUCAUCAGGACACACAAGAACAUCAUGGAGUGUGCGGUGUUUCCCUGGACUAACCUGCUGGUAGUCGUAAUAGAACUAGAAGGCUCGGAGCAGGAAGCCCUGGACCUGGUUCCCAUGGUGACCAAGGCGGUGCUGGAGGAGCAUUACCUCAUCGUUGGGGUCGUCGUAGUAACGGACAUCGGGGUGAUCCCCAUCAACUCUCGCGGGGAGAAGCAGCGCAUGCACCUCCGAGACGGCUUCCUACAGGACCAGCUCGACCCCAUCUACGUGGCUUAUAACAUGUAACCCAGACACCCCAUCCUGGGGGGUGGACCUGAGUGAGGGGGAUGUGUGUGUAUGUGUGUGUUAGCAUGCGUGUGUAUGGAUAUGUGCGUGUAUAUUGCUGGUGUUCAUUUUAAAUCAAGACGUACUGUAUUUUUGAAUCUGCACAUGGUCAUAUGGUAUGGUGCCAGUUGUCUGAUCCUUUAGUUGUGCUGUGCUGGAGGGAUGGCUGUUUCUGCACCCCUGGUUAAACCUGACACCUAGACAGGAAGUCACUGUACAAAACCUUAAGGGAACACUGUGUAUCGAUAGACAGGAAGUUACUGUACAAAACCUUAAGGGAACACUGUGUAUCGAUAGACAGGAAGGUACUGUACAAAACCUUAAGGGAACACUGUGUAUCGAUAGACAGGAAGUCACUGUACAAAACCUUAAGGGAACACUGUGUAUCGAUAGACAGGAAGUCACUGUACAAAACCUUAAGGGAACACUGUGUAUCGAUAGACAGGAAGUUACUGUACAAAACCUUAAGGGAACACUGUGUUCGAUAGACGGAGUUACUGUAAAAACCUAAGGGAACACUGUGUAUCGAUAGACAGGAAGUCACUGUACAAAACCUUAAGGGAACACUGUGUAUCGAUAGACAGGAAGUCACUGUACAAAACCUUAAGGGAACACUGUGUAUCGAUAGACAGGAAGUCACUGUACAAAACCUUAAGGGAACACUGUGUAUCGAUAGACAGGAAGUCACUGUACAAAACCUUAAGGGAACACUGUGUAUCGAUAGACAAGGAAGUCAAACUGGACCACUAGUAGUUGUUGUUAGGAGAGAGAGAAAAUAUCUCUGAACAUAUCUGUUUUCUUGAUGAAAUAGACAUUAAAAAUAAAGUUAUUAAAGUAUAUUGUCAGAAGAAGACAGGGGGUUCAGAUUAGUGUAUAAAUAUAAAUAUUGUAUAUAAACAUAAUCUAUAUGGAGAGAUAACUAAAACACACUGAGGACUAGCCCUGUUAUACAGCUCUCUCCACCCACACCCUGUGUGCAUGUGUGCUCGUGUGUGUGUGUGCGCAAUGCAGUGCACUCCUCUUAUCAGAAUCACAUUCUCAAUUUGUUUCAUGAAACCCAUUGACUCCUAAAUGCCAAGUGAAUCCGUUUGAAGUAAACCAUUGUUUCUAUCCCACAUUGUUUAAACAUUGUACGCAUAUGAUUAUGGUAAUAUGUGAUUCUGCUAAGCAGAGAGCCCAGUAAGUAGCAGAGGAAAAAUUUAGUUGCAAGGAGUUGUAAAACCCAGCUCUGGACCAGAGACACAAUGCUUUCGAAAUGGCCCCGUUUCCUUUAUAGUACACUACUUAGGACAAGUAGGACUCCAUGUAGGGAAUCAGUUGGUAUUUGAGACACACCCACAGUGAAGUGUUCUAACAGAGACACACCCACAGUGAAGUGUUCUAACAAAGAGACACACCCACAGUGAAGUGUUCUAACAGAGACACACCCACAGU